AGCGUAAGGAUGCUCUGCGAUUCCAACGUGAGUUUGCGGGUCCCAGCCGGUGAAGUGAUGAUGUUAUGUCGCAUUUUGAGCUGUGAUUCCAAGCGAGUCAUACCGACCACUCGGUCUCCACAAAAGACAACAUGGGCAAGGAAAAGCUUCACAUCAACAUCGUGGUCAUCGGCCAUGUCGACUCUGGCAAGUCCACCUCCACCGGUCACUUGAUCUACAAGUGCGGUGGCAUUGACAAGCGUACCAUUGAGAAGUUCGAGAAGGAAGCUCAGGAGAUGGGCAAGGGCUCCUUCAAGUACGCCUGGGUGCUGGACAAGCUGAAGGCCGAGCGUGAACGUGGUAUCACCAUCGAUAUCGCCCUGUGGAAGUUCGAGACCGGAAAAUACUACGUAACUGUCAUUGAUGCCCCCGGACAUCGUGAUUUCAUCAAGAACAUGAUCACAGGAACUUCACAGGCUGACUGUGCCGUGCUGAUUGUGGCUGCUGGUACUGGUGAGUUCGAGGCUGGUAUCUCCAAGAACGGACAGACCCGUGAGCACGCCCUGCUGGCCUACACCCUGGGUGUCAAGCAGCUCAUCGUGGGAGUCAACAAGAUGGACUCCACCGAGCCCCCCUACUCCGAGGCUCGCUUCGGUGAGAUCACCAAGGAAGUAGGUGCCUACAUCAAGAAGAUCGGCUACAACCCCAAGUCCGUCGCGUUCGUGCCAAUCUCUGGCUGGCAUGGCGACAACAUGAUCGAGGAGUCCACCAACAUGUCCUGGUUCAAGGGGUGGUCCAUCGAGCGCAAGUCCGGUAAAUCCUCGGGCCACACAUUGAUGCAGGCCCUGGACGCCAUCGAACCUCCGUCCAGGCCUACUGACAAGCCCCUUCGUCUCCCACUGCAGGACGUGUACAAGAUUGGCGGUAUUGGAACUGUGCCCGUCGGCCGUGUGGAGACCGGUAUCCUGAAGCCGGGCAUGGUGGUGACCUUUGCUCCCGUCAACCUCACCACUGAGGUCAAGUCCGUGGAGAUGCACCACGAGUCUCUGACCGAGGCCCUGCCCGGUGACAACGUCGGCUUCAACGUCAAGAACGUGUCCGUGAAGGAAAUCCGUCGUGGCUACGUUGCUGGUGACAGCAAGAACGACCCACCCAAGGAGGCUGCCAGCUUUAUUGCACAGGUUAUCGUGCUGAACCACCCAGGCCAGAUCCAGGCCGGCUACGCGCCCGUGCUGGAUUGCCACACCGCCCACAUCGCUUGCAAGUUCGCCGAGCUCAAGGAAAAGUGUGACCGUCGUUCCGGCAAGAAGCUGGAAGACAACCCCAAGUCCGUGAAGUCCGGCGACGCUGCGAUCGUCGAGAUGCUUCCGUCCAAGCCCAUGUGCGUCGAGGCCUUCUCUUCCUACCCGCCCCUGGGUCGUUUCGCCGUGCGCGACAUGAAGCAGACCGUGGCCGUCGGCGUUAUUAAGUCCGUCAACAAGACCGAGAAGGCCGGGAAGACCACCAAGGCCGCCCAGAAGGCUGCCGGCGGGAAGAAGAAGUGAUGGUCGCUUUACCUCGCUCCGCCCGCCACCGUCACAGCCGCCAUCGACACGACCACACUAGAGACUGCCAACUUGAAAUCUGGAGCUGCGCGUCUCCACUUCGCAACCUUCGUUUCGGCCCUCGUCUGGUUGCUCCAUAGUCGUAAGCUUCAUUGGAAACACUUCCGAAGGAAAAGUGGGACCGUAACGAAAACACCACCAAAAAGGUCCCCAUGAUUUCAAAGCUGUUUACACCUAUGCCAAAAAAGGGCGUACGUUUUGACGCCAUUGUGGAAUAUAGGAAAAAAACACAGUCAACCAGAUGGUGCCUAACUUAUUUGUUUGUUUAUUUAUUUACUAAGUGAUUUUACAGUACACCAUUUUGUUUUUACUUUUCUUGUAAAAAUGAAUGUGUUUUGUUUUACCUUGGUUUUGAAACAUUUCUGUAAGGUGCUGGCAGAAUAAAAGAAUCAGUGACAUUA